AUGAGAAUUUUUCUCUUUCUUUCUUUCUUUCUUUCUUUCUUUCUUUCUUUCUUUCUUUCUUUUCCUUUUUUCUUCAUAGACCACCUUUUCAUUCGCCUUUCCUUUUACUCAUUUCUCAAAACUUCAUUGUUUGUUUGUUUGUUUGUUUGUUUGUUUCUUUCUUUCUUUCUUCAUUGGCUGAAUUUGUCUCUUUCUUUCUUCCUUUCUUUCUUCCUUUCUUUCUUCCUUUCUUUCUUUCUUUCUUCCUUUCAUUCUUCCUUUCUUUCAUACUUUCUUUCUUUCUUUCUUUCUUUAACAUUAAACAUCUAUCUAUCUAUCUAUCUAUCUUCAUUUCCUCUCUCUUUUAUUAAUCCCAUUAUUUUCUCUUACUACCAAACUAUUUUCUUUUUCAUUGGAUUUUUAUUUCUUUUUAUGCUAUUUAAACACCUUUCUUUCUUUCUUUCUUUCUUUCUUUCUUUCUUUCUUUCUUUCUUUCUUCAUUGGCUGGAUUUUUCUCUUCUUUCUUUCUUUCUUUCUUCAUUGGCUGAAUCUUUCUCUUCUUUCUUUCUUUCUUUCUUUUUAGAACAGUUCUUCAUGUCCUCAUUCCAAGCUCUUUUCUAUCACUAUUCACGCCAAUGUUAG